CAUGUGUACGUAUGCCAACGGACGUAAUACUCGUACGUUAAGAUAAUCAAAAGGUGUCUACUUUAAUACUUAAUAGCUUUUAUGCGAAGGGGACAAAGUGAUAAUAUGGCGCCCAGAAGGCGGUUCGCUUGAGACUCCUGCGCGUGCUCUUCGUGGGAAAGAGAAUUACGAAAGAUAAGUGGGAAGUCGGGGAGCAGAAAGCCCGAGCGGAAAACAUAUUCCAAAGAACGACAGAGAUCCUGCCCUGCCUCCUCCCGUUGCCAUUCUCCCUCGGGACCAUCAAAUGGACAUUUGAGGGAUAAAGCGAAGAAGAGUGGAAUAGAGCGAAGGAAGGAUCGAGCUACGACUUCCCGUACCUAUCGUUCGACCAGGCGAGACAAUGGCAGAUCUCGAUACAAUAACCAUAUCAAGCCUAAAGCUGAACAAACAGCAGCUAAGCUUUUUCAAGGACAUGUUUAAAUACUGCUGCAAGAAUGCAGACACCGAAGUCGUGCCUACUGUCAACGUUAUCGAACUCCUUAAAUCCGCCUGGUGUUUGCCCUUGCACGCUAGACUCAAGAUAUUGGAUAUAUGUGGCGUCAAUAGCAAGACAAUGAAUAGAAAGCAGUUUUAUUCAGUUUUAAAGCUGCUAACCGCACAUCAAUGUGGCUCAACGCUUCACAAAAAUCUACUCGUCGAAGAUAUUCGCCCAUUUAUGCCUAUUCCAAGAUUCGCGUGGGACAAAAUUGAGAUCGAUCCCAAUUUAAUGGAAAGUGACAGCGAGGAGGAAUAUCUACGAGGUCUUGAAGACGAUAGGACAGACUCGCCUACACCGACGAAUAGCGUUACCCAAGAAGGCAUCCAUAAUGGUGAAGUGGAAGGAGAAGUAAAUCUAGACUCAUUUUCCGGUGAAUGGCAAAGUAUGCUUAUUUCAGAAGAGCAGAGACAAUUGUUGGCUACCGAGGAAGAAAGUUCCGAACGUCAUAGCAGUGACGAUGACUCGACCGACGAUGGCGAGAGCUUCCCCCCGGAGCAGGUGUGGGUAAUCAGCGACGAGCAGCGCAUAUACUACACGGCUCAAUUUAGACAGUUGCAACCGGAUUUGGAGGGCCACCUCGCCGGCUCCCUUGCUCGCAAAUUCUUCGAGAAGUCGCGGCUACCGGUCGAGGAGUUGCGCCGCAUCUGGCAGCUGUCGGACGUCACCCGCGACAGCGCUCUCAGCCUCCGAGAAUUUCACGUGGCAAUGCACCUCGCGGUCCUGCGACGCAAUAAUGUUCCGUUGCCGGAGUUCCUGCCAGCCACCUUGGCGAUACUCCUUGCCGAACCCGAGAACCGGAUGAUCCGGCCACCUCGCCCGUUCUUCCCGCCCAAGCCAUUGCCCAGGGCCACAUCGAUCACGAGGAAGGGAUCAGCAGCAGCAACAGCAACAGCGGCAGGAACGAAGGUAAUUGCGUCGACCACGAUUAAGCCGAAAUCGAGUGAGAAGGACAAGAGCAAGGAAUGGACCAAAUUCGUGGACUCGCCGACGGGUGCGAGCGGAGCGAGCAGUAGCAACAACAGCAACAACAGCAACAACGGCAACAACGGGGGUUCCCUCGCGAGUCCAGGCCCCAAGCCCGUGAACUUCGAUUUCCAAAAGGCGGCGGUGGAACGCGACCCUAAGAUCCUGCAUCCGGUACCCCUGCGGUUGACGCCCGAAGCGAUGAUCGUCGCGAGCAACGGCGGCAGUGGCGGCGGUGCUGGCAGUAGCAGCAGCAGCAGCAACGGGGCUGUCCCGAUACUCGGUGAACCUGAUGCUCCUCUCAGCACCGUCACCACCACCAGCACCGCUACCACCACCACCACUACCACUACCACCACCAGCACCACUGUCGUCCAGAGGCCGCUCUCGAAGAAACCCGUGAUGCCGCCCGCGGACGAGGCCAUUAUAGCCACACCCAAGAAGGAGCCGCCACCUCCACCACCGCCAAGACCCUAUAGAACGCAUACGAGAAGUUCGAGCCUCGAUCUUAAUAAAUUAGGAAAAAAGGGACAACAUUUUCUAGGAGCUCCACCUCUCAUACCACCAAGAGUCUCACCUGGAAUCACGACCACGAGGAAACUGGUGGGUCAAAAGAGCGAGGGUGAGAGCUCGAGGAUGAAGGAGGAGCAGGGUUUCGUCGCCGAUUUUUCACAAUUUGCCCCAAAAGCCGAAGAGACUCAGCCAAUCGAUCAUAAUCUCCCCUCGAUGCAGCAAUUCACCGGAGUUUCCGGCGCAUUCCACAUUUAUAAGAAGCCGAGUCCGAAAAGGGGAAACGGUAUGGAGGGGCCAGCGAAGGACGAAACGGACGACAGCGGCAAGAAUUUAACGCUGCAGGAGCUGCGCGAAAAGAACGCGGAGCUACGGCAGGUGUGCGAGGAGUUGACCCGAGAGCUGGCUGCUGCCGUUCAGGAACGAAUACACCUGAAGGCGCAGUUUCUCCUCCUGCCAUGAUCCCAUUCUCUGUCCUGCCUUGUUACGGAGUAUUGAGAUACCAACAUUCGCAUUCAUAGGAACUUGAAGCGUAUCUUCUUUAUUCUAUUUUAUUUUUAUUUUAUUUAUUUAUUUAACUCAACGCAAAACGAAAAAUGCAAAAAACAAAAACAUAAACAAAAACAAACAAAAAAAAGAGCGGAGUGGGGCUGUGGGAUGGAAAUGAUAUUUACUUUAUUUCAGCCUCUAUCCUUAAGGUUUAUAUUCAAGGGCAUCGUCAUGCGGUUGACUUUUAAUUCACGCGUAGUUCAUCUGCUUUAAUGUCGUCGAUCGACAUUGAAUAAUUCUAAUCGACGGGCAAAUUUUAUACAAUUUUCUGCCUUUAACAACAAAACAAAACAAAACAAAACAAAAACA